UGAGCAAAAUUGUCACCUUAGCAACAUGCAGUUGUUUCUUACCUGACAAUUUCACACAAAUGGUUACACAUCUAUGGGGUAGUACAGUAUAAAAUGUCAAUUUAGCAAGAACAGAUCAGGACAAAGUUGUAUUUUUACGUACACAUUUUUUAUUUUAAAUUCAACAGUGCAAUUUGAAAAACCCGAGUGUUCCCACUUCUUCCAACCGUUAAAAUGUGCAGUCCACCAUACAGAUCUGAGAGCUUGGAUAAUUUCUUCAAACAAUUACUCGAGCCAUUAACUCCAGAGGAAGUGCACGAUUUAAAAUCUAGUAAAGUCGCAUUGCUAGAUGAUAGCCAACCUUCAGGGUUAGUGUCGGAGGUCGAAGAUUUGUUAUCGAGAAAAAAGUUUACUAAGUAUUCAUCUUUGAACGGAGUCAAUACAAAUACAACUUUGUCUAAUCAAUUGUCCGUACCAAGAGAAUCUAGGCAUGAUCAAGCAAGUGAUUUACCAGAUGAAGACACGUGGCAGAAAAUUUUUAAGAGCUUUUCAUGGAAUCAAUUUUCACAUUUUGUUAAGGAAGCUGCAAAGAAAAAGAAACGAUACACACUUAACAUAUCAAAUGAAGAAGAAAGACAAAUUCCAAUUUUGGUCAAUAACAUGCUAAGAAAAGAAAGAAAUGGUUCAAAGUAUUACCAAACACUGCAAACACACAUAGAAGAAAGGGAUAUUUAUUUUCGUUGUUUCAGAGAAAAUACAAAUACUUGGCAAGAGAUUGAAUCGCCAGAUGGGCAGAUAUAUUUUUACAAUCCUAUUACAAACGAAAGGGUUUGGGAAAAACCAGAAGAACUUAAAACUCCUUCUGAAAAACUUUUCUUCGGUUCUUGGAAACAGUACAAUUUCAAAGAUGGUACAAAGUUCUUUUACAACUCGGAAACAAAAGAAUCGACUUGGAAAAUUCCAGGAUCAUAUGGCCCGUUUAACAACAAAUUCUUGCAUAAUGAAAAGGAAAAUGUGAAUACUGAUGUUUUCCCAUGGGGGCAAAAGAUUCCUGAAAACAAAACAAUAAUUCCAACAAAAGGAGUUCCAAGAGAUGUACUAGUGAAAACAGCGCUUGUUUGUGUAAGAGAAGCUUUAGAUGCUCUCAAUGUUCCUACUAUUCCUAAACCUGAAGUUUCUCAUUUGACCCAGAGUACGCUGAUCAAUCAUGCUUUGACUCACAUUGUUGAAGCUCAAUCUGCUUUGAGUGCUUCCAUUUCGUCAGUGGCCUUUGGUAAGGAUAUAUUUUUUCCAUGGGCAGAAUCAAAUCAUUCUCAAUAUUUAGAAGAAAAGGAUACAUUCUCGAUUAGUUGAAUUAUUUUUCGCUUCACCUGUCACCUGUUUACUGAAAACUAAAUAAAGUGCAUGUCUUUAUUCUGUAAAA